AUGGCUGAGUAUAGACGUCUAUGGGAAGACCCAAUAGGGACAGUCAGUGUCCCUUUGUAUAAUCGUAUGAACUUCUCAACGGUGCCGAGGAAAUCAUCAGUCAACAAAAAGUCAUGGUUGUAUGCACCAGAAAACCACACAAGCCGAGAAGGGGAGCCAAGGUACCUGGUUCAUCAGACCUAUGCUGCUACGUUCCCCACAACUAGGAUGGAGGAUGUUCCUGACUCCUUCCACUCCAUGAACCAUGCUGAGAGAAUGAUGAAAAAAAUGGAGGGCUACGUUUCUAAGCGACAACUGUGUGAUGUCGUGUUACUUGUGGGAAACAAGCGCAUUCCCGCACACAGACUCGUUCUCAGUGCAGCAUCGGAUUACUUUGCGGCAAUGUUUACCAACGAUGUAAGGGAGGCUACUAUGGAGGAAAUCAAAAUCAACGAUGUUGAUCCAGACGCCAUGGUAGCCAUUGUGAACUAUUCUUACACAGGUAACAUAUCACUUCAAGAGGAUACAGUGGAGAAUCUGCUAUCCACUUCCUGUUUACUUCAGCUGUCAGAGGUUGUGGAGGCCUGCUGUAACUUCCUCAUGAAACAGCUCCACCCCUCUAACUGUAUCGGGAUCAGACAAUUUGCUGACGCUCAGGGCUGUACAGACCUUUACAAAGUUGCCAACAACUACGUCAUGGACAACUUUGUACAUGUGAUGCAGAACCAGGAAUUUCUGAUCCUGCCCGCAGAAGAAGUUUGUCGUCUGUUGUCAAAUGAUGACUUAAACGUUCCCGAUGAAGAGACCAUCUUCCAGUCACUCAUUAUGUGGGCAAAACAUGAUAUGGCCAAUAGAAAGAAGGUUCUAUCCAAACUCCUGUCUCAUAUUCGUCUUCCACUAAUGUCUCCUCAGUUCAUCGCCGACCAUGUGGAGACAAACGCCUUAUUCCGCGAGGACAAGGAGUGUCAAUACCUCAUUAUGGAGGCACUCAAAUACCACCUCCUUCCUGAGAGACGCUCAUCAUUCCAGAGUCCACGUACCAAACCCAGAAAGUCUACUGUUGGUGUUCUGUACGCAGUUGGAGGGAUGGACUGUACAAAAGGUGCAACUACAAUAGAAAAAUAUGACCUACGGACCAACAACUGGACACAAGUAGCCAACAUGAGUGGUCGUCGGCUCCAGUUUGGAGUGGCUGUCAUUGAAGAUAAACUUUACAUUGUGGGAGGUCGGGACGGCCUAAAAACCCUUAAUACUGUUGAGUGUUACGACACCAAGAAAAAGUCCUGGAGUCUCAUGCCCCCGAUGUCAACACAUAGACAUGGGUUAGGUGUUGGAGUAUUGGAGGGACCAAUGUAUGCUGUUGGAGGACAUGAUGGUUGGUCUUACCUAAACACAGUGGAGCGUUGGGAUCCUCAAGCUAGGCAGUGGAGCUAUGUCGCUCCCAUGUCAACAUCCCGCAGUACUGUAGGCGUGGCUGUCCUCAUGGGCAAAUUGUAUGCAGUGGGAGGCAGAGAUGGAAGCUCUUGCCUGAAGACUGUUGAGUGUUUUGAUCCUCACACCAACAAAUGGUUACACUGUACCCCAAUGUCGAAACGGCGUGGCGGUGUAGGGGUCACAACGGGAGGGGGAUUCCUGUACGCAGUCGGAGGUCAUGAGGCACCAGCUACCAACCCAACAUGUUGUAGAUUUGAGUGUGCUGAAAGAUACGACCCCAAAACUGACCAAUGGACAAUGAUUGCCACUAUCAGCUCACCCAGGGAUGCAGUAGGUGUAUGUGUACUGGGAGACAAGAUCUUUGCCGUAGGAGGUUACGACGGUCAGCAGUAUCUACAAGAUGUGGAAUGUUACGACUCAGUCAGCAACGAAUGGUCAAAGAUGGCUGGUCUGUGUACUGGUCGAGCAGGAGCCUGUGUUGUCCAUGUCAGCAACAGUUGACAUAAGAGGAAAUGGUCACUUUCUCUCCUCAAGAAGUGGCCAUCAGGAUUUUUUCAUAGAAGACGACGAAAGUCUAGUGGUCAUGGAUCACCGUAGAUUUUAUCAUUACAAACAGCAAGGAAAACUGUACGUCAUUUGUUCAUAUGAACUUCACUACAGUAUGUUUACCAGUCAGUGUGAACCUCACUACUUAAUGACCACAGGUCAAUGUGACCCUCAUUACUUAGUGACCUGGUCAAUAUGA